CAACACGACAAAGACUCUGCUUCCGGUUUCUGGAUGUAGCUGACGGACUCCAGCGUCAAUAAAACGUGGAUUUGCUUUAUCAGCAGGUAACGAGCUCCGUUUCAUUGUAAUGGCGUGACAAUAGUUCGCGCUGCUGCUACUUUCUAAACCACUUUUUGAGCGGCCAGCUGGUGAACUUCCACCAGGGUGUCAUAGUUAGCUUCUUUUCAGCGAUAGAAUGAGCGAAGCCGAGGUGUUUCAUGAGAAGCAACGGUUGGAGCUGUGCGCCAUUCACGCGCUCAACAACGUGCUUCAGGAGCGAGUGUUUACCAAGGAGACGGCUGACGACAUCUGUAAACGGCUGGCUCCACAGUGUGUGGUUAACCCCCAUCGAUCAGUGUUAGGAACAGGAAACUAUGAUGUUAAUGUUAUUAUGGCAGCGCUACAGAGCAGGGAGCUGGCUGCAGUGUGGUGGGACAAACGCAGGACAGUUCAGAGCCUUUGCCCAUCCAAGGUCCAGGGCUUUAUUCUUAAUGUUCCAUCUCGAGUAUCUUUGGGAAUCGUUUCCCUCCCCCUCCGAAGGCGGCACUGGCUUGCAGUUCGACAGGUUAAUGGACAGUACUAUAACCUGGACUCCAAGCUGAAAAAUCCUUUCUGCAUAGGAGGAGAAGCAGAACUACGUGGUUUUCUCAGUGAGCAGCUUUCUCAGGAGGUGGCAGAGAUGCUCCUGGUUGUACGACGGGAGGUGGAGGACGAUGGGUCUUGGCUAAACUCUGACUCCCCCAAGGAGUGACACGUUUGCCGUGCCAAGAUGACAUCAAAGGACCCUUUUCUUUUGGUUAAAAAGGCAUCUUCAGGGAAAGCACUAAAACCCAUGAAACAUCUACACUGACACUUUUUUUGUUUGAAUUUCCAAAGAGAAGCAGAAGUUGACUUCUGAAAUGAGGAACUUUUGGAUUGGAACAGCUGUUCUGGUUUGACACACGCAUUGCGUUGUCCAUCUUUCUCCCGGUAGCUGACAGAAUUGCAGGUUUGAGGCAAGCAAGUGAAUUUAAUUCCACUCAGGUUGUGAUAAAUAACAAAAUUGUUUACAGUUCUUUACAGACUUUGUGUAUGGACAAAAGAACAACUCCCUCUUAUUUGAUAGUAUCUUUCAUUUGUGAAGACAUUUAUGUAAGAAGCUGAAGAGAUUUUGUUCCUAAAGGUGUCGUUCUCUCAGAUCAUAAUGCAUUGAGGGGAGGAUGAUCAACUACUGUCCGCCAUUUCUUGCCUGGUUUCCUUUAAACCAUCUAUGCACUACGGAUGAGAUUCACAAACACGUGUGAUGUUGCUCACAGAUAACCUUUGCUGUGUGCUAAAGCGGGAUUCCUAUGCAUUUCAUUUUAGCCGGAGCUUGAAGCAUCCCAAAAAACAAGUCGUCGCCAUGGUCACCUUUCCCAGAAGCCCGACCUGCUUGGUUGCAGUUUAUAUUCACAGUGAGAUCAGAACUCACGAUAGGUCCCUCUAACAACCAGAGUCUUUUUUUUUUUUAAAGACAAUGUUGUUAACAGUGAAGUCUUUAUUUAAAACAGGAUUUUUCUUUUUUUUUGGGGGGGGGGUUGGUAAUUCAAUUGGCCAAAAUAAAAUCUUCAUUGAGGCUUUUGGUGGUUUAAUGCCAAUCUGUCCCAAUGUACUUUUUUGUCACUGGACAAAUACAUUUUAAGUAUAAAUUACUUGAGAAAUGUUAGAGAUACUUUUGUUUCAUUUUUAGAAUUGCAGAAUCCAAAUGUUUCCUACUCAUUUGUACCAUAAAGUGGCUGCACACUGUCAGUAUCUGACUGCUCUUUUAAUUAACAGUCUGGGUUAUGGCGUUCUAUGAUUUUAGAAUGGUUAGUGUUACGGUAGUUAGGCCACAUAUACCUAACAUAACCCUGGAUUUUCUACCUGCAUUGUUGUUCAAACGUUAAGUAAAACCAUGAAAGAUUACAGUAUUUUUUUGUUUUACUGUCUUAGUUUAAGCUCAAAAAAAUGGUUUGAAAACAUCAAAUGUUGAAAUUCAUCAGUUUCUAAUUUUGUACUUGGUGAUAGGAGGAGAAGUUAAGACAUUUAAUGUAAUUAAUGGACAUGAGUAGCUGCAUGGAAACCAAAAUUAGUUUCAAGCUAAAAUGAAACUGUGCAGGAAUGUACACGCCUGUGUUCACGCCGUGGUUCUGUGACUGUUUGCCGCCUCUUUGUCUGCAUUUGUCUUGCCUGUUGAACUAUGCAUAUAAAACUCUUUAGAGCACCGCCUCUGAUACACACUAGUGACUAACUCACCCAUGAUCCUCAAGCUGAGAGGUUCAACAUGUUGAUGCUUAUUUAUAUAAUAAACCUCGACCUCUUGUUUAAAUUA